ACAUGGAAUUUAGAAUUGAGCACGGAACGAAUUUGAUUAGAUUGAAAAAAAAAAAUUUAUCCGAUCAAAUUCAAUCAAAUUGAAAAAUUUCAUCCGAUAAAAUAUAAUUAAUUUGGAUAUUAUCAGAUUGGAAGUGCCAUGUCUCUCGUUUGCCUCAUCGGGAUGGCAACGUGGCCGGUGUUUGAUUUUAGACCGUCCCCAUAAAAGAAAAUGAGUUCAUCACAGAAGAGUUGGGCGAAGCCAAAGAGGAGCGAAGCGCCCAAACAAAACCCCCAAUGGCGAUCUGUUGCUCUCUCUCUCCCAAAUCCUUUCUCGCGUCUCUCCCUCCCAGAGGGCGAGGGCGAGGAGGAGGACGCGCCGUUCCUUCCAGAAUCUUCUGGAAGGCGCCCGAGCUUGUCGUCAGGGCGGCCAUGGUCGACUCCUCCGAGAGCUCCGCUAGCUUCGCCAGGCGGAUGGAGCGGGCAUGGCUCAUCUCUCAGCAACCACAACCAAUUGCUUGUUCAUCCUGUGAAUCAAAUGGCUACAUUGAAUGCAAAUGGUGUCGCGGUACAGGUUUCUUCAUCCUGGGCAACAACAUGCUGUGUGAAGUGCCCUCAAGAAAUACUACCUGUGUUAUAUGUGACGGGAAGGGAUCUGUUUGCUGUCCUGAUUGCAAAGGCACAGGCUUCCGUGCCAGGUGGUUGGGAGAACCUCCAUGCCAAAAAUAACUCCCUAGUCGUAACUUUGAUAAUCUGCUGACCGUAAAGAACGUCUAUUCCUUUCUGCUUUAGCUUAAUGAGGGUGUUCAAUAUGCAAGGAAUGUGUUCGUAUAGACUGGACAUCUUUUAACCAUACAGCUUCAAUGGAGAUUGUAGAGUGUAUAGUCUUUUUAUAUUUUGGAAUUCUUAUUCUGACGUGGAUACAGCAUUUACACGCCUAAAGAUGUUAAAUGCAGACCUUUAAAUGCUGUUUUGUUAUCAUGCCAAGAACUUUUUCCUGGCCAUGCAAUUUGAAGGCUGAUCAAAUCCAAUAA